AUGAGAUUUACAGACGAUGAUACAAGGUACCAAGCAAUUCUAAAUAGGGAUCCACAAGCAGAAGGAGAGUUUGUUUAUGGUGCCAUAUCAACACGAAUCGUUUGUCGUCCUACAUGCAAUUGUCGAGUAGCCAUGCGUAAGAACGUGGUAUUUUUUGAUACUAUCGCAGAGGCGGUGGAACAUGGGUAUAGAACAUGCAAGCGCUGUAAACCGGAACAAUCGAGUGGCUGGAACAAAAGCAGAGAAUUCAUAAACAAGUCUUGUUCUAUGAUCUCUCGACGAGCCAUAAAUGGGGAGAAACUAAAUAUUGACACAAUUAUUGCAGCUGUGGGUGUUUCUAAAUGGCACUUUUAUCGAAUGUUCAAGAAUUACACUGGUUUAACCCCUCGCUCAUUCUACAUACAAUGCCAGUUAUUACAAGAGAAUCCUGUGGAUACAACUCCCCUACCGGAAAUCGAAACUAAGCGAAAUUUGAAACGUGUCAAAGAAAUACUUAAUCUAUACACAAACCCGAGCUCAAGUUCGAGUUAG